GAUGGCCAUCAUUUUGACUGGCGUACCCAAGCACAACGUCCCCCCGCAUGAAAUCAUGCAAAAGUUGCACCGCAUUCACUCGCCAUCGUGUAUGGAUCACGUGAAUUGACCUUCGUCUAGUUCGUUAUGAAUCGUUCAGAUCAUUUUCGAAGUUCCAAUGUUUCUUCGAUCAACACCACAACAUCUGUCGCGUUGCAUAUUGCUCUCGGUAGAUCAAAAGAACAACUUGUAAGCAACUUGACCAUCCCACUGGGGGCUUCGAACCGCAGCACCAACGCGACUGUUGCAAUUGGCCUCGAACUCAAGACCACAAACAACCCAACUGAUGUAGACUGGACUCGUCGCUUGAUUCUACAACCAGGUGGCGUUGCGAUGCGCGUGGAGCCACCUAACCAGUUCCCAAACAUAAACACGACGGUUUCUACUAAGCGUCCGUUUGAGGCUGGUCUGGAUGACCCUGGGGUUGGUCUUGUGAUUGAUGUGGUUACACCGGCUCACAACAAUGCAGUGACUUCAGAGGAAGCGUUGCUCAAUCGGUCUUCUGUUCUUUUCGUGGCUGUCUCUUUCAUUCUACUUAUGGUUAUCAGUUUGGCAUGGCUAGUAUUCUACUACGUGCAACGGUUCCGCUAUCUGCAUAGCAAGGAACGCGUCUCGCGCCGUUUGGCCGAGUUGGCUAGGAAGGCGGUCGCUCGCAUUCCCGUAAAAACUCUGCACCCUGGCGACAAAGAGACAACAUCCGAAUUGGACCAGUGUGCCAUCUGCAUAGAACCCUUUCGUCCUAUGGAUAGCAUUCGCAUUCUUCCGUGUCGGCACUACUUCCACAAACUGUGUAUUGAUCCCUGGCUGUUGGAACAACGAAGUUGUCCCAUGUGCAAACUGGACAUUCUGCAAGCGUAUGGAUUGCGUCCUGAUCUCUACUUCGGCUACAAUCCAAAUGCAGACCCCAGUUCUCACGCAACUCGGCCUGCUACUGUGGGCACUCCGCCUUCGGAACAUCAGUCGGGCUCGGAUGAUGAUGGGGCCGAACGAGUCGCUCUUGUGCACAGUCACUCGCUGGACUGCAGUCUGACGGGAACAGGUCCCACAAACACUGCCCCGUUGCCGCCACCACCUGUUGCCCCGCCACUGCCACCUCAGUCUCCCCCGCUCACCUACGUUGUUCUGACUAAUGCGGCGGUCGGCAGCCUUGCACCCAUGGAUUCAUCAAUGGUCCCUAGCCCGCCAAUCUAUUACGUCCACGGACCGAGUUCUGCGAACGCCUCGGUCGUCGCUUCUCACAAUCCAGUGACAACCACAAUCGAUCUCCCUGGGUUGACCGCCCAAGUCAUAGUUCCCGUUUUGCCUACUCUCACUAUGGAUAUGUCUUCCCGACACCGACCCAGUCUUGUGUGGAGUGCCGAUCGAGGUUUCGCCAGUGCUGGCAAGAUGUUGGAUUCGCAACUACUUCCUUGUUUAGUGGAACAGGGUGUCUUUGAACCAUCUGACCUUCAGCGAGCACCACACUUGGGGACCCCGUACGCCCAGUGCCUGAUUGCAACUCAACCCCCCAUCGAUCCACGAAUGCCGCGUCCCUCUGUUGCACCUGCGACACGCAACGGUUCACAAGAUAUCACCUAUACCACUCAAACUUUCACAGCCCCCGUGUGUGCGGUGAUUGCCAAGGUUGAACAUCCUUCGAGGUCUGGCGCUACCAACACGACUCCCUUUUCGACUGCGCCUUCCACUGCUGCGAGUUCGAAACAUCCCCUCACGGCCGGGCCUCUCACUCAACCUUUGGUUGUCCAAAUCAAACCUCGCAGUGCGACUCGAACCUGUUCCAAUGCUGGCUCGCGUUCGCAUGAAAAAACGGUAUCCGCAGCACUUCGCUCAGCCAGAUCCAAAUCACAUGUCUUUGGUUCAGGCUACUUCGAUCGAUCUGCCUUCUCGUCUUGGUUACCUAUACAAUGGCGCGAUCGACCUCACGAUCGUCGGAAUCGUCGUUCCUCUAGAUUGACUGCAAAAGAUUCUCUCUUCUGCCAACUCGGCCAUGCGGACCACAUCUCACCUGAGCCAUUUCCCCCUUCCCCGUUUCCACCCCCACCAGAUGCACCUGGUGGAUUACUUGACCCCCUGACUAGUUCAGUUGUCACGUCCGACGCCGAACCGGCGGUCGGUGAACGUGUUGUGUUUGCAGUCGUAGAGACUGUACCGCAUCAUCCACCGUCUAGUCUAACUGUCAAAUCCGAUGGGGGUGAUGGCAACUCCUCUGACACCACCCCUGCUUGCACCACAUGUAGUGCUCCCGUUCCGAUGUCCUUCACUGUAUCAGAUAUUAUUUCUACCUGUUCUUCCACUGCCUAGGAUGCUUUCCUCUGCUCCCAUCUGUAUCCCCCUUAUCCACCCACCGUCCACUAUGUGUACAUCCAGUUCGUCGUUAUCGUGUGCAAGUAUCUGAGUUAUGAGUUUGAUUUUAUUCAUUAGUGCACAUACCGGCUUCACUAAUGCCGGGUUCUUCACUCCCUCCCUAGCAGUAUCAGGUACUAACUGUCCUCAUUGUGUCAUUGUUACCCAACUCUUUACCUAAUGUGAUGUUUUUACCUAGCACCGCUUUAUGCAGUUUUCUUUCCAACCACUAAGCCUGUGGUAAGUUUAUCAGAAUACCUGAGCAAGUAUUUGCCUGCAUUUCUCCCUAAUAUCUACUCCACUCCACCUAGUCCACUCUGCCCAGUGCCCCUCCCCACCCAAACUCAUCAUGCAGGCGGUCAUAUAAGUGACUUCUGUCCUCCUUCUCAGUGUAUACGUUAGUCUUUCUCUGUCACUGUGCUCCCACACCUUUGUCAGCUGUUUACUUUAAUGUUAGCCUGUGGCUAUGUGCAAUUCAUCCACACCUUACCAGAAACCCUCGAGCACUUUGGGACUUGUGUCGAACUGUUCACACAUGUGAGACACCAUUGUUCUUUUGCUUUCACUCAACUGGAAACCUGUUGGUUUUCCCCUACUCUCAUUUUCCUGUGUCCUCCCCACAUCUUUCUCCUACUACGAAACCGUCACAACUUCCUCUCGUCGCAUAAUAUGCCCGUGUCGCUUUCCUUCCAACCGUAUGUAUUGCACAUCAUGGUAGUGCCUGCUCACGUGUUGUGUUACCUGUCGCAAUGUGCGAUACUUUUCCAUGUUCCGAAAGUGAGACUAACCAUCUUUUUCCAGUUCACAUUGCGGUCUUAACAGCUUUCAUUCGUCUGGAUUCCUAUGGGAUUCCUUCCAUCCAUUAUUGAUUAACUGGGUCUUAUACUGAUCAACGCUCCAAUUCUGCACCGAAAUGUAAUGGAUUUACUCACUGUGACCAUGUUCACACAAAACUAAAUGGCAAUCAUUUGAGAAAAUGAGCCGUGUGUGUGUGCGGAAAAUUCGUUAAGUAUGUAUUCAAAGAAAAUAGAUGAGGAAUAAAGACUAUGAUCGUU